GGCAACCGAGUGACAUCUCACGGACGCUCGUUCAUCUUCCCUGCGCUUUAUCUAUCACCGACUAAAAUUGCGUUAUUUAUCAUUGAAUUGGCGAUAUUUCUAAGCACGUGUUACUUGUAGAAAAUGUCGACGCGAACGCUGCCGCUUGUGUUUAUUAAUCUCGGAGGGGAAAUGCUUUACAUCUUGGACCAGCGCCUGCGAGCUCAGAAUAUCCCAACCGACAAAGCUAAGAAAGCCACUGUAGCAGGAUGGAUAGAGGAAGACAGAAAAAGAGUGAUGAAUGACAUUAUUACCACAAUGUUCAACAAGAAAUUCUUAGAGGAGCUGUUCAAGCCACAAGAGCUGUAUUCCAAGAAAGCUUUGAGGACAGUCUUCGAUCGACUUGCCCAUGCCUCUAUUAUGAGACUUAACCAAGCCAGUAUGGACAAGCUUUAUGAUUUGAUGACCAUGGCAUUUAAAUAUCAAGUCUUGUUAUGCCCUCGUCCUAAAGAUAUUCUACUUGUGACCUUUAACCAUAUGGAUGCAAUAAAGGACUUUGUACGGGAUACCCCCAGCAUUCUGAGCCAAGUGGAUGAAACAUACAGGCAACUCAUAGAGAUAUAUACUCCUUUAUCUGGUGGGGAAUUUCAGCUAAUUAGGCAAACAUUGCUCAUCUUCUUUCAGGAUAUGCAUAUAAGAGUAUCCAUAUUUCUGAAGGAUAAAGUACAAAACUCCAAUGGACGCUUUGUACUUCCGACAUCAGGACCUGUUCCAUAUGGAUCACACUCCCCAGGACUUAUACGAAUGUUUAGCUGUAAUGGUGAGGAGGUGAAGAGGUUACAGUUUCGUGAUGGGGGAAACUACAUAGCUGCUCUCCGUGAGGGCUCUUUCGAGCUGUUUGGUGACCGAGUUAUCAAACUAGGCACGAACAUGUACAGCGUAAGCCGUCCUGUGGAAACACACAUGUCUGGAACCUCUAAAAUGUCUUCACAACAUACAAAGGUCAACACAAUACCAAACCCACUGGCAAAGGAAGAGCUGAAUCUGCUUGCUAAACUGAUGGGAGGUUUAGAGGUUCGAAAACCAAGCAACGCUGAUUCUGGUUUCCGUGUCAACCUCUUUGCUACAGAUGAGGAGGAAGAAGAGGCUUUGAUCUCAAGACCAGCAGAGCUGUCUUAUGGAGUUAUAAAUAUCCAAGCAACCAAGGAUAAUCAGGCCAAUGCAGAAUUGGCAAAGAUCAUGGGGGAGUUCACAGAGGCAGAGGAGCCGGUUCCAAGCUCCAGCAGCAAAGGUGAUGACCUUUUGGCCAUGAUGGAUGGCCUCUGAUGUGCAGUGAAUAGGUAUUCGGCUUCUGUAGAACAGUCUAGGUUGUGUAUGGUGUGCUUCAGUAUCUCAAACAGAGAACUGAAAGAGCAGCCAUCUCCCAAAACACCAACAACUAGGAGCUGAUAUGUGUUUGUGCUGGUAGAGUCGAUCAUUGUCAGACACCGUCCAUCUUGUUCAGGUGCAGCCGUUGUUGGGGAUUCUUUAAGUCUGAGCAGUUGCUGUGAAGUCGUAACUCAAUGUAAAUUUACACCUUGGUGAUGUCACUGGACAAGCCACUUAUUCCAUCAACAAAUGUCAUUUAUGGACACUGACUCCAUAAAAAAUCGAAAUAGAGGUGAGAAUUUUUCAACUUUAAAAAAAAAAUUAAAAUAAAGUUAAAAUGGACUCAUUACGAAUGAGAUCAUAACAAUAGCAAAACAUCAGGACAGUAACAGCUUUCAGAAAUGCACAUACUAUACAAAACUUUACAGCUAACAUUAACUAUAGAAUAAUUAUUGAUUUCACCGUACAUAGCCUAGCCAGCUACUGGCUAUAAAUAAGCCAACUAGAAAAAGAACGAAAACACUUCUAAGAAAAGCAAUGUCUUGUGGAGGUCCUGUGAACUGAAGUAAUCUGAGUGUUACCUUUCUCACAACAAGACUGAUAUCACUUUAAUUAAGAUUUGCACUUGUAGCUGUGGUUUACCACUUUGUAUUUCCAUGCCAACUAUUUGUAGAAGCUUUAAUACCCACAUACACGACAUUACACUACAUCUAUAAUAACCUCGUUGCAUUAUAACACCCUGUGAAGUGUUUUGCUUAGAGUAGCUUAAAAAAGCAUCAUGGAAUAUAUAUGCCAAUACAAUGUCAUCAGUUCUUCGGUGGCUGUGUACUGCAUACUGCGUUUAGUAAAUAAAUAUUGAUAUAUGGUCCAAGUACAUGAUAGCAAUUCAAUGAACCUUGUCAAAACUAAGGAACGUAACUACAAAUCAAGUCUCCAUAUGGGAAUAAUAUAUUUACAUCUGUUGAACAAUCAGAGCACAGAUGGAGUAAAGAGUGCACAUUUUGCUGUUUGAGCAUUGUGUACUAGUAUAAAUGUGGAUCAUGUUGAUCAUUUUAGCUUGGCUGAAUGCGUGGCAGCUUGUGAACCUUAGGUGAAAUAAUUACAGGUGUACUCUAAAUUACUUACAAAUUAAACAAUCUGAAUGAAUUAGUAUAAACGCAUCGGUUAACUAUCAGAGUUAACUGUCCCUAAAAUAAAAGCAGAUAAAUUGAAAGGUCUCUGCAUGUUGUUUUAUUCUGUGGUCCUGUCUUUUCACACUUUGAUCUAUCACACACAAACAUACACACGCAUGACCUUUAGAUCUGAAAACUGAUUAGUCCCUUUACAUGAAAUGCACUGAGGUGCUAUAGAGCUCCUGGAACUCGCUUUACUGUUCACUGAAAAUGUGAUUUUUUUUAUUAUUUUUUUUAGAAAUUUGAGUUUACACAUGUAUUUUAUGUUUAUUUAUUUUACCAUCUAGAAGAAGCGAUGUGUAGAUGUCUACAGGUCUGUUGAUAUUGUAUAAAACACCCUUCUUCUGAAUAUGUGUAUGACAUACACUGUUUAUAGAACAUUCAUUUGAUUUUCUGUUGUGCAUGUUCAUUCAGUCAUGCUGUUCAUUCAUACAUAAUUCACAAAUAAAAACUAUGGAAACAAAAAAAGAUGUGCUUCCUUAACGAUAUAAAACAUUGUUUAGCUUAGUGUUACAAUUAGAUUACAACUACUAGAGGUAUGCUUAUGAUAUUUUAUGUGCAGGAAAUGUGUGUGGAUCAUGGCACCAGUUCUAUUUUAACUGUAAUAUCCUGUGGAAGAGUAUAUGCAAUUUCAUGUUCAAUUAAACUUCCCAUUCUUCCCAUC